AUGUACCCAGCCUUCACACACGUUCCGGGAACACCAUGCCGCGCCACCCUUCCGCAUCGCCGCAAUCUUUCCCCGAAGAGGCCGCGUGUCAACUUUUCCUGCACCGCAAACGCGUCCCGAUCUAACCCGGCAAUCGCUGUCGACAAUGUCAGCUUCUGGUGGAAAAGCGGGCGGGUAGCCCUGGACAAAGUCUCGCUGCGCGUCGCGCCCGGCGAGCUAGCCAUGCUGGUGGGCCCCAAUGGUUGCGGCAAGUCCACGCUACUGCGCGUCGUCCGCGGCCUGCUCAUCCCCUCCUAUGGGUCUGUGCAGCUGUCGACUCCAUGCGCCUUUGUGCACCAAAACCCAGACGUCCAGAUGCUGUUCCCGUCGGUCGCCACUGACAUCGCCGCAUCCGUGCCGAAGCGCCCGGACAUGCCCGUCGACGAAAUUCGGGACAGCGUCAUCGAGGCGAUGGAGGCGGUCGGAUUGUCUCCGCCAGAAAAAUAUAUGCGCCUCUCAGCGCAUCGCCUCAGUGGUGGCCAGCGGCAGAGGGCGGUCGUCGCGUCCGCACUGGCGAUGCGCCCCACUACUAUGCUGUUCGACGAGGCCACUGCGAGCAUGGACCCAGUCAAUAGGGCGGAGUUGGUGGCGAGGGUUCGUCGUGUGGUUUCGGAAAGAUCCAUUGCUGCGUUAUGGGUCACUCACCUUUUAGAGGAAUUGGAUGUGGCAGACACUAUUAUUGUAAUGAGGGGCGGUAAGAUUACUGCUCAUGGCCCGCGGGUAGCCAUGAUGCCUUUAAUAUAUGAAAUGCAGGAUCAAGUCUGAGAUGCCCCGUUUAUUUAUUGUGGCACGCAGUUGAAAAAGUCCUUAUCGUAGCUCAUUGACCGUUAAGGCCGUGUUAAAGCCACUGGAAUCAUCCAAAGUGGGACCGCCUCAAAAUCCUCAGGUCCACGUGCGCAUUCCUGCCUUCGUGCGACCAAGUUUAUAGCAAGCUGUCCAUCUGGAACCUGAUGGUUGGUGUAAAACAAACCCACUACCCCAGUACCGCAUUAGUACGAAUAGUAUCUUAUCCGCUCCCGUCUAUUACGACAGGUCAGCGUCAAAUAUAUUUGCGAAGAUACAGCUUCAUGAGUCAAUCAACCCACCUGGGCAGUCGGUUUUGUUCCACGUUGGAGAACGAAAAGUCAUAACCGAAGGUCAGAAAGAUUGUGCAUCGACUCUGUAUUGCGAUUAAUGCUGAAACGAGUGGGUACAGCGAUGAUGGCAGCGCCGCACCGCUGCUGUCAUUAUGUGUCAGGCCUGCUACCGUUGACUAAUACUCCGCAGAGCAUAGAGGAACUGGCCGUAGUUGUCAGACGGCAAGUUCUUGGGCUAACGUCUCUCAGGUAAGGCUGUCAGGAUCGACCUACCCCAUCGCGAUGGACUCGUGAGCUGCAACUUGCAGUUAGGUUUUUGUUAGAAAUGCUAUGCUACCCGAGAUACACGCGUUGCUUCCCGAGUUUGUGCUCCUCGCCGGCAAGUGGAAUAAUCACACACGAGAGAGGGCCUACCUUGACAACUCCAGCUAGUCGGAGACGACACGGUGGCGGCCGAUGCUAUUUCGCAUAUGCAGGAAUCAUUCAGGGGUCUCGACAAUGACACCCUGAACAACCACAAAGGAUGCUUCCUAUCCGUGGUCAGUAAAAUAAAUGCCCUACGGGCCCAGUCAAGGUCCUCGUCC